AGUGGGUAGGUGUUCGUAGAUUUCACAACAUUUGGCCAUUCACUUGCCGGCAAUAAUCAGUUUUUGCUAUCACUGCUGUCAGCGAGAUAUAGGUACCUAUUCGCUUAUCAAUUACUUGCUCCAUCCCAGCGGAAAACUGCUCGGUUAAAUAGUUCGGUCGGCAUCUUCCAAGAUACAUUAUCUCCAGUAGGGCCCCAGAGUAACAUAAUUGUGCCGAAAAUGGACUCCGACACGCUUUCGACCAAGUAUCCGUACAUCACCAAGGAGUACCUGGAGGAUGUUCUGCGCAAAGACCAGUGCGAAAGUUCUAUCCGGGUGAAGGACUUCAGCGUGAAGCUCGCGUUAGGGAAAGGAGAAAACUACUCCAGUGAUAUUCUACGCGUGAAAGUCAAUUAUGUUACUGGUAGCAAUAACCACAGAACUCAGUCCUACAUCGUCAAAUCAUCGCUGGUCAGUGAAGGUAUGGCCGAUAUGUUGGAGGAGUACGACGUCUUUCAUCGGGAAAUUGCAGUUUACGAUAACGUAAUGCCUCGAGUUGAACAAAUGCUAACUUCCAUUGGCUACACGAAAAAGUUAGCCCCCACGGCACACGUGGUCAAUUCUAGCCACCCUAAACAUUUUGUCUUCGAAGAUCUGGGUUUGCAAGGCUUUAAAUCAGCUGAUCGGAAGCAAGGGCUCAGCUAUCGGCAGCUGGAGAUGGUUAUGGAGAAAAUCGCUAAAUUUCACGCGGCGACAGCUGUUAUGUUCAAUCAAGACGAAGAAACCAUGAAGGAUCACAAUUACCGGAACAUCAACGAAGAAGUGCAACAUUUCUAUCCUCUGUUUCAGAACAGUAUGGUUGCCUGCGCGGAGCAAGCUCAGAAAUGGCCCAGCACGGCUACGAAGAUUGCCAACAAGUUGUUUGAUCUAGAGAAAACUGUCAUCCCGAAAGGCUGCCAAGUCUACACCCGAGACAGUUCAACGUUCAAUGUUCUCAAUCACGGCGAUCUUUGGGUGAACAACGUGAUGUACAAGUUUGACUCCCGAGGUGAACCGAUCGAUAGCAUUCUGGUCGAUUACGCCGUUGGAUUCUUCGGAUCCCCAGCGAUCGAUCUGAGCUAUCUGUUGUUCACUUCGUCCUCGGAUGAUGUCACUACGGAGCAGUUCGAUCUGCUAAUACAGUAUUAUCACUCGGAGCUGGUUGACUGUCUGGCGAAGCUGAACUAUAGCAAACCGAUGCCGACACUACUGGAUAUUCAGGUGGAAAUGCUUCGCAAGGGGUUUGUUGGUAUUAUGUUCGUCACGUUUCUGAUUCCAUUGCGAUUAAUCGAGGAUACAGCAAACGCCGAUUUGGGCAACCUACUGGGUUCAACUCCGGAGGCCAUGGAGUUCCGACGCAAUAUGUUCAGUCAUCCGAAGUAUCAAGGACGAAUGGAAUAUUUGUUAAAUUAUUUUGAUCGAAAGGGAUACCUAGACUGAAGUAUUCUAGAAGCUCAAUAAACUGUGAUCUUUUCUGAGAUUUGUUAUGACACAAACGAUUUGUUUCUAUGUUUCUGGAAUAAAGCUAAAUUAUUGUGGUGACUGUCGCAUUUGUAUACGUA